UAUACGUAAUGUGCAUCAGGGUUUGGCCAAUUUGUCCAAGCAAGCUAUAAACCACUGAGCCAGCGGAAAGAAAACGCAAACGAAAACCGAAACCGAAACUCGAGCUGCAAACCAAACAUAAACUGAAACUGCUAACGACGCAAACGGAAACUUUUUGGCCAAAUGGCGAAAGUUAUCAAACAAUUGCGAAUGUGUUGAGAAGCGGCAGCCGGUGCGAAAAUGACAAAAUGGCGAAGUUAACGUUGCCUUGUCUACGGCGGCGACUGCAGCUGAUGGCGCUGCAAUUGCAACUGCAACUGCAGCCACAACAACAUCAGCAACAGCAGCAGCAGCUGCAUCCACACGGCUGCCACUUGAUGGCCAUGCAACUGGGCCAGGCCGUGCUCCUCUACGGCUGCCUCCUGCUGCUCCACGCCUCCGUGUCCGCCUCUGUCCUAGCCUCGUCCUCUGACUCGGCUGCCAUCCCGACCCUGCUGAACAUCUCCAGCACGGUGGACCUGGAUGGAGCAGCGCCGCAGCAGCAACAGCGUGAGCAACUCGAGAAGCGCACGCGGAAGCGUGAUGCCGCCAAUGUGCCUGAUGAUGACGACUAUGGCAGUUAUCCAGACGACGUCGACGAAUUGGAGGCCUUGCUUAAUAAUAAGUCAGCUAAGGGGAAAUAUAUUGGAGCGCCGUGCAACGAGCUAAAGUGUGACGUGAAGCUGCUGCACGUAUCCUGCGACAAGGAUACGCUAACCUGCAGCUGCGAACGCAACUACCCAGUGCAACUUGGACUGAUAAAGGGUUGCGCCAAACCUAAAAAACUGGGCGAUCAGUGUUUCUACGACGAGACCUGCAUCUACAACGACGAGAACUCCCUUUGUGUUCAGGUGCGGCACAAUGCGAUGUGCCAGUGUGCCAGCGGGUUUCACUCGGUGAGCUACGUGAAGCCAACGCGCCGUGUCUUUUGCACUCCAGAUCUCAGCGAACUGAGUUCGGACCUGCCCACCUUGUUGGGCGUCUCCACGGGCAUCGCGGUUCUGGCCGGGCUCAUCUGCAUGGUGCUGCAUCUGUUCAGCAAGACGAAGUAUCCGCGGCAUCGAAAUUACGGAGAUGCCAGCAUUCCGCCGCCCAUUCUGUACUCCAGCGAUACAGGGAUACCGCUUACCGUUCACUCGGCGCGUCCGUCGUCGCGUUCCAGCAUCCGGUCGACGGGAUCGAUUGGCUCCUAUGGCAACCGACGAGCCUCGGCCGGCGGACUGGGCGGGGGUGCCGCCGGAGGCGUGGCAGGCGGGGCCGGCGGAGGAGGGGCGUCUGGAAGCGGCGGCUCGAAGGGCAUACUGGUGUCGACGUCACGAACAGGUGCGGCUAGAUCGGCCGCCAUAUUGCUCAUAUCGUGUCACAUAGCGGCGGUGUCCAAACAAAAUUCCCGGGCCUCGUCGCGGCACACAUCCGGAGCGGGCUGCAGCCAGCAUUCGCGGGACGACCUGGAUGAUGGUGGUGGUGGCGGUGGAACUGGGAGUGGGAGUGGGUGCCGCAGCUGCGAGAGCACGCUCUCGAUGAACCGCCACCUGCAGAAGCAACUGAACCACCAGCGGCAUCUGCUCAGCUUCGAGCUGUCGCCGGCGAGGUCGAGGAAUCAGGAUAGAUUUAGGACAUUGUUGGGCAUGAAUGGCAUUGAGAAUCACACUUUUGGGGGCAAUGAGGAUGAGGACGAUGAGUGCGGUCCGCAUAGCAUAGAACCCAGCACAACAGUCCCUCAUGCACAUGAUGCCCAUGAUGCCCAUGCCCAUGCCCAUGCCGAUAGCGAUCCGGCUCAUCCAGGUGCUGGUGCUGGUGGUGCUGGUGGUGCUGGUGGUGUUGGUGUUGGUGGCUACGGCUACGGCUAUGGCCAUGUCGGUGUGGUUGGUGGUUACGGCGAUGCCGACACCAAUGGCGGCGACUCCAGCGGCGGAUUCGCCACUGGCGCCGAGCUGCAUCACCUGCAAAUUGGCGCACUGCCCACGCCGGCGAGUGAAACGCCACGAUUUGCGGUAAAUCAACUCAAGCAUCAGUCAUCCCGCAUCCAUUUGUACGAUCUUGUGGUCUGCUCAUACCCAUACCCAUACCCAUCCGCAUUCCGUAUCGUCAUGUCCACCCAAAAAAUAGAAACACUUCCACAUCACAACAAAAACAAAGUCAACUAUAUGCUAGUCGUAUCUGUUCAAUGGUUGCAUCCUCUCCUGUUUAGAGAUCAAUCUCAAAGUCUGUGCUAGCCCUUAGUUUGUACUUUCAUUUAUCUUUCCCUGAACUCUAGAUCUUUCAGUCUUUAGUGUACGACCUUUAAAUUGUUGAAUUGUUGCGUUUAAAAAAUACAGACAAUAGACUGCCGUAUAUUUGAAUCCUACCAUUAUAUUUACCAUCUAUAACCAUCUAUUCUGUGAAAGAAGUUAGAUACAUAAUUGAAAAUAUAUUGUGAGCUGAACUCUUUGUUUUAUCAGAUAUUACAUUUUGCAAAAGAUGACCUCACAUAUAUUUAUCUCUUUAUUAUACGAGCAAAAUGCAAAUGCUAGACUCAUUCCAAAUGAAGUACUAACAAAUUCGUUCUGUUAAAUAGCAUGGGAAUCUGUAAUUCAAUUAGAAGAAAAAAUUUCGGCGAAUGGAAUUUGAUUAUAUGUUUUAUUUAUCAUGACCGGAAAAACUCGACUACGGAAUACUUGGUGUCUCAUUUACAUUGCUCAAAGGAAUUUCCUCCCCUGCAUAGUUAUCAGAAUUCGUAAUAAAAUCAUGCCUCAUGUUGCCAUAAUUAAAUCGCGCAAAUUUAGUUAUUCACGUAAUCAUGUAUCGUUAAUUCAGCUCAGUUUAUUUACAGUUGAAACUUAAUUUGUGUACAUUGGCGUUGGUUAUCCCUAUCCCCCUGCUUGUCUAAUUAGUGUUUAAAUUGACAACUUUGUCUAGUUAAAAACGAUAAACUAAAAAACAAAUUUUGCGUUUCUUGAUGAUCGAUGUUAAAUGUGCUUCCGAGCUCCCUCUGUUUCCAAAUACCAAGUUGUUAAAUUGUUUUACUUUUUCUAU